UAUCUACUUGGCUAUUUAUUGGGAUUGAUAUACUACGCUGUUAGAUCUUGCCUACUUACCUAUCCUAUAUCCUUGGAAUAACGAGAAGUCCCCAAAAGACAUACACACACAAAGAAACAAACAAAACGAGCAAAAUGUCCUUCCUCCCUUCCAUCCGCACCACCACCACUCUCCGUCCCAGCACCUUCGCCCUCACCCGCCCAACCACCAUCUACGCAUCCCUCCACACCAGUAUUCCCCGCCGAGGCCUGAAGGAAUCAGACCACAACCGCGAAGACCUAGCCUCCAUCUACGAAGCCGAGAAACACGACCAAUUGAGAAGUACCAAGGAGGGAAAGGCGAAGUGGAAGCAGGAAAUCGCGAGUGAUAGUGAGGCGUCGGUCAAGGCCGAUCGCGGAGAAGUGGACAGUGACGAUAAGAGUUUCGGGGCUAUGCAGGAGAGGACGAAGGGGUUGCCGAAUCGGGAUGGACCGGUUAAUAAGACUCAAUGAGUAAAUAAAUAGGUUAUGGUGGAUUGUUGGGUUGAUGUGGAUUAUAUCUUGAGGAAUAUUAUGUGCUAUAUCUUUGUUUGUUUCUUGUAUUGUUAUUGUUGUUGGGUAAAAGCAUGAGAUUGAGAUGAUAUUUGACUCUGCCAAUGUAAGGAAUGGUA